UGGUGUAGACGCAUCACGUGACUCCCGACACCUGAGCCUCGUUCAGAGUUUUUGUUUUUAUAAAUACAACACAAAACUACUUCCUGAAGGAACGCAGUUGUGUGCUUUAUGUGUGAACAAAAAUCGAGCUGACUUGUUGAUCACGGUGUGAUCAAGUGUGUGUCCUGCUGUCAGUGAGCCCUGGUGCUGCAGCAUGUUGUCUUUCUACCGCCAUCAGACGUCCUGUCCUUUUUUCAUGGAGCUCAUUUGCAUGGUGUCGUUUCAUAAGCCUGUUUUCUGCUGUGUGAAACGAGGAGGGACGAUUUGCAUGAUUCUAGUUCCUACUUCACGUCCAUCAGCACUACUGGCACUAUAACACUCACAUGUACACCUAGCAGGAGCAACUUCUCUGUUCCACUGGGGUUGAAUGAAUUCCUGUCGUGUGCAUCGGUUUGAGGUCUAAAUGUGUGUUUAGUGGACAGACUGUGAGCUCUGAAGCUGAUCCAUAACAAUAGGAGGUAUGAAAGCAGAAACCCAGGACUGUUGACUUAGCCUGUGAUUCCUGAAAACCGCUCUCACGCACACACAUUUUCUCAGCAGUAUUUUCUGAACUGCAGUCCGAUCAGGGGCCUCAGAACCAACCUCCCUCCCCCCAUGCACCUUGUGUUGUCCGCUGUGGACUGGAUACAGUUUCUCCUCUCACUUUCUCAUUAGGACUCAAGUUAAAUAAUCACAAUGGGAACGAGCUGCAGGUUGUUUUGGUACCUAUGGCUUCAGGCUGCGCCGCUCAGACCCCCUGCGGUGAUGCAAAGGAUGGACUCUAGAACAAGCAACCACCACAUCUGGAUGAUUUAAAGACUAUAAUCCAACUCAUACGUUCAGAAUAACAAGCAUGAGUCUGUCCAGCUGAGCCCAGCUGCUUGUGUGAAGGAAGGUUGAGGUUCCUACUCAGCCGGCGGUGGCAGAGGGAGUGCCGCAUGUGAUGUAAGGCAGAUAACAUAUACAGUCCAAGGCCAUUGCACAGUAAAGAGCAUGUGUAAGAUAAGUGACACAAACGAGGGUCACUGAUGAAGAAUAAGGCCGAGCACCUACCCGUGAAGGUUAAAUGAUUAACACAGUGUGUUCCUGUAACUGAAUGUUCUGAAGACUGAAGACAUACAAGCCAUUCCUGCAGUUGGAGAACUCUCUGUGUGAAGUCUAUAGGUCAGCAUAGCCUAAAUGAUUAAAAUAUCUGUUUUAUUAAAUUAAUCUUUAGCUUUCAAACACUGCUUGAAUGAUGGACACGUUAAAUCACGCAUCUUAAUCUUGUUUACGUUGGCUUUUUAAACGCAUCUAACACAGCUGCCAACCGGUGCCAUCAUCAUGUUUCUCUACGGGAAAGUUUAGCUGUCGGACCCGGAAGCCACAAAUACGAUCUGCGCAUGCGUCACAAAUAUAAACGUUGGCGGCAAAUAUGGAGUCUGGUCUGAGCGCAGACACCGACCAGGAGAAAAGGGUUCAAAUAAAGUCCAAGAAACAAGUGGUCGAGCAGAUGAAUCGCUACAAGGAGCUUCUGAAGACGGUUCUGGACGGACAGGCGGACAUGGCGGCGGACACGAAGCGCGUGCUACUGGAGGAGCUGGAAGCGAACUUCGAGGCCGCGGUUCGGGCCAAUGUGCUGGUGAAGGGACAGACGUGGGACGAGGCGCCUGAUGCUGAAGCUGAGGACGAGGCUCUCGACCUGGAGAGUCUGCUGGACGACACCAUCGUUGAGACCACAAGGCGGCGCCGCACGUUCCCCAAACGGAUCCUGCCCCACGUGGUCCACUCCAUCAAAGCCGAACACAGACUGAUGGAGCUGUAUCAGCAAAAAUACAAGGCUGAGGAGGCGCCUAAAGACCUUGAUCGAGAGCGGGUCAUGAAUAGUUUGUCAGCUGAAGCUCCUGCGAUGGUGGAAUCAGCCAUUCAGAUCGUAAAGUCAAUCAGCACGCUGCAGGAACAAGCCCAAGGCCUCUGUCAGAUCCUCAGCAUGAAGACGAGCGACGCCACGCUGGAGGUUCACAGAGAGGUGUUCGGCCAGUCGGGCGCCGCCGCCCCGUCUGUGAUGGCAGCCGCGAGGAGCAGGCAGCCAAGAAAGAGAGCUGUGGAAGAGGCAGACUGCUACCGGAAACGAGCCGACGAAGAGGGGUGUCCGCAAUAACAUCGCUGUAGGACUGGAAUACAAUGGACUUAAUGCAUGAAAAGCUGUGGUUCAGAAUUCUUGCACUUUUCUUUUUUAAGGCCUGAAUUAAUGACACCUUAGCCAAACACACAUCAGUGACAGAGAACCGGCGUCUGGUUCCUUGCAUUGGUACCAGAUCAUUUACUGCAUGUCUUCUAACAGUGACUUAAUUCUCAGUGAAAUAAAGUUUAUAUAUGUCCA